CAGGGUCAGAGGGGACACGGCUGCCUGCCACCAUGGAAGCUGCUGCCUGUUGCCUGUCUCCCCAUGGGCUCUGGAGGCCUGUGACCAGUGCUUGCCCACCAGCCCCAGGGCUGCAGCAAGGGGGAAGGUCGCCGCCUCUCUGGAGACCGUGGCUGCCCCGAGCCGAGGAGGGAGCCGGGCACACGGACACGGCUCGGACUCGGGGAGCUGAGGUGGAUGGCGGCACUGACAAAGCGCUGGCGCUUUUCCACCACCCGGUCAGGAUCCUCUGGCCCAAGGCCAAGGCUUUCGACUAUCUGUACGCCGUGGGGGAGAAGCUGCUGGAGAACUUCCCGGUGCAGGCCACGCUCUGCCUGUACGAGGACUCGGACAGCGAGGAGGAGGAGGAGGAGGAGGAGGAGGAGGAGGAGGAG